GCUCUACCGCCACACUACCGCCACUUACCGACAGUCGGUACACACCAAGCAGCAAGCUCGCGUAGCAAAGGCAAGUUGAGCACGAAAGUCGCAAGUGUCGCUCGAAGAGGCCCAACUUACGACACUACAUAGCUAUUUGUGAUGGAUGUUGCCGGGCGAGAAAGUGGCAAAUCGUCCUCAUCUGGCUCCGAGUCGGUGUCGCCUACACCUGACUCGGUCACUCACGCCGCGACGCGCUGGCUGGAGGCCAUGAACGAGUUGAACGCGUCGGACGAUGAAGUCCAUGCUGCGGUGACUGCGCCUCGAGUGAAGAAGGAGCUGCAUCUUGUCACCAGUAGAAUGGAUUCUGAUAGAGGUGCUGGGCGCAAGCACGGAUUCCAAGAGAAUUACGACAAUGCGAAUGCAGCGCCGAAGAAGCGGGUCAAGCGCAAACACCGCAAGUCCACGAUCGAUAUCCGCAAGGUGAGCGAGAAUAUGCGUAGAAACUGGUGUUUUAUGUUAAAAUCACGACAUUUCGUGUUGUGUUGAGCAGGAAGAAAUCGCAAAGCUAUUGAAGGAGUUGGCGCAUCUGCAUACUCGUAUGGAGCAGUUGAACGCUCGUGCGAUAAAACCUUGCACUGCGGACGAGACCAUGAGUGAAGCUGCGACCGCUAACAGAGUACUCCGACGUGUCAUCCAGAAACAGCAGCGCGAAGUGACCCAACUCCAUGCGCUAAUGUCGGAAUACUCAUUAUUUAGUACUGGAGUGGGCAGUCCAAUUCACCAAGAAAUUCACCUACUAAAAGAUAGUGAAUCCCGUCUCGCUACCCUUGCGACCACCAAGGCACAUGCUUUGGAAAUGGGUGCUCGCUUCCUCAAAGAACGAUGUCCGCGAAUAAACCCGUAUAAAUCUAUGAGAGAAGAUCAUGGGUAUGAAGCCCCGAACGGAGAUUUCUAUGCCACCUACUUCUCCACUUACCAGUUCGAGAGCAGCGUCAAAAAGGUGUUCGACAUUCUUCUCGGAUACUUCAGCAGUAUCGAGAUUUGCGUAUCGGAGAAGCUCGGCAACGUUACAAUUCGCGAGGAUGACGACAAUUUAGCACCGGAAAUUUCGCAGAAUCGACUAGUUUCUACGACUAUCGGUGGCUUGAGAAUGGAAUCGAACACGGUUUAUUUUUCACACUACGAAGAAGAAGGAAGCGAACCAGGCCAUGAGCACGGAUACGGACUCUUUGUCGCCGAUUUCAUUGACGAAGACGAAAGGAGCCCCUAUCAUCCGCACGAACGCAUCCGUCGAGACUUCAGCGCUGUACUGGAACUCACGUCCUACCCGAUUCAGUUACACACCAGUACGAAGAACACCUCGAGCUGCAAUGGUGAUGAAGGGAGAAUCGUCGUGGUUACACGAUGGGUACACAGCAGAGUGCAUCACCCGCAGUAUGAGAUCCCUCUCUCGGGUUGGCACGAGAUGCGAGAGAACACCGAGCGUUGGGUCCAGACGCUGCACCAGACAAUGCUGGAAAGAAACUCUACCAUGAUUUAAACAAUAGAACUGGGUGUAAAGAGAGUUAUAACUGAAGAAAAAAAAAUGUCAACCAAAGAAACCAC